UGUUUAUUUGUUUACAUUUCUGCGCACCCGUUGACAGUUGCUGGUUUGACAGUUGACGUGCAGCCACAAAACCAAAACAAAACCUCGGUUCGGAGCUGGAACAAGUGUAAAAUUAAAUUUUCCAUUCCAAUGCAGUGCUCAUGGAUUUGCGAGGGCCUUCGACAGACAACGCCGCACCGAAUACGAGCAACAACCAAGUGUUGGAAUCAUCAUCGGUGGCACCAAAGCAAUGCAAAGUAAACAAACCGUCUGUGGACGCCGAUUCAGCCGACUCGGACGAUCCGCCGCGUUGUACCAUUCUGUGCACGAUAUGCGGUAAAUGGUUCCUCGAUCAAUACUUCCUGCGCCGGCACCAGCUGGUACACACCAAGCAAAAACCAUACCAGUGCGACAAAUGUUUCAAAUCGUUCACGCAGAAGAAUAGCCUUUCGAAACACACGCUCAUCCACUUGCGUGUGAAAAACUUUCAAUGUAGCCUCUGUCCGAUGAAGUUUGUGCAGAAGGCAAACCUCGAUGCGCAUGUGAAACACCGCCAUCCGGUGCUGGACGACCCAGUGUUGGAGAGCCGGUACGUGUGCCAGAAAUGUCCUUCGGCGUUCAAAACCUCCGGCCGAUUGCAGGCUCAUCGAGCUCGGAUUCACGGAGAGAUGGUCAUGUUCGAUCGGUGCAUGAAACCGACAACGUCUGCUAGCAACAAGCCGCCGAACGAUUGCACAGUCAGCGAGGACAGUGCAGAUGGCUCACCAUCCUCAGGAGAAGAUGGAAACCCGCCGCAGCACGAUGGAGAAAUUGUACGCAAAUUUAUAAAGAGCCGCCGAACCGAGCACAUGAAAGGGAGGACAGAAAAGCGCCAAUACGUGUGCGAUGUGUGUGAGGCGGCGUUCGAGAAAUCGGCCUACCUUUCCCAGCACAUGAUAUCGCAUACCGGCAUUAGGCCGCAUCGGUGCAAUAUCUGCAACAAAACGUUCUCCUCCAAGCAGUCGUACAGCACGCACAUGAGACUGCACGCGAAAACGGUACGCCUGUUCAAUUGUGAUAAAUGUGAGGAAGCGUUCAAUCGAUGCGCAUCGCUCAAACGGCACCAGACGAUGGUGCACAGCGAGCAGCAACACUGUUUCCGCUGCCCUUAUUGUGAGAAAAAAUUGCGCUGGCUACAUAAUGCCAGGACGCACAUCAGAACGUUUCACUCGAAAGCAUCGUCCGUGGAUGAAGCUUUGCUGGAACCUGUCAAAGAAUGGAUAACAGGCAAAUAAUGGUAUUGGCUCGUUCGGGGUCCGUUCGGCGCACUGGUCUAUAAAUGAGACCGCUACAAAAGCAAUCGAGCCUAAAGUAAGUAAACCAGCCAGCAAUAAAAAUUACUUCCAUCGCUUUAAACGCUAAACCCAUUUUAGGCAUUUUGUAUAGCAGUCUUGAAGAUGUAUUUUUACCGUCUUUUUGAAUAAAUGAGAGUCAGAUCCACUACUUAAAA